CCACAGGCAGAGUGACUCAUCCUCCUUUGACUGCGGUUCUUUUUUGGCUUUCCGAUUGAGCGAACCCUUCUCUUUCUUGUUUUCCAUAGCCCCUUCACGCCAUUAUGAAUUUCACGAGGCGUGCUUUGCGAAUGCGACAAAUGUACCAGGGCUGUGGAGCCGGUGUUCCUCAUACCCCUCGCCGUUUUCUUUUCCACCCAAUCACGACUUCAUAUCGACAAACCGCUUGCUUUUCAGCCACCAAGCCGCCAGCGUGUGCUAAUUUUGUCCCUUCAGAUCGCUUCACCUCUGCUCUGCAUCAGAACAAGGAUUGGGCAGCGCAGAUUGCCAAGGAGGACCCUUCGCUCUUCCCCACACUCGCCGUCGGCCAGCACCCGGAGAUCCUCUGGAUUGGCUGCUCUGAUUCUCGGUGCCCUGAGACCACCCUUCUUGGUCUCAAACCGGGCGAUGUCUUUGUUCACCGCAAUAUCGCCAACGUCCUCCAUGCCGGCGACCUGAGCUCUUCAGCUGUGAUCGAAUAUGCUGUCCGCUACUUGCAGGUCAAGCACGUAGUCCUUUGCGGCCACACCAGCUGUGGUGGUGUUGCUGCAGCACUGGGUAACAAACAACUGGGUAUUCUUGAUCCCUGGCUGCUGCCUUUGCGCCAGCUCCGCGCGAAACACCUGGAUCUGCUGAACUCGCUGCCGGCCGACGAAGCCAACCUUAAGCUGGUCGAGUUGAAUGUUCUGGAGGGGGUCAAGCUGUUGAAGGAGAAGAAUGUAAUCCUGGAAGCCGUACAAGAUCGGGGUCUUCAGGUUCACGGGUUGAUAUAUGAUGUUGGCAGUGGUGUUCUUCGGGAGCUGGACACCGAUGAGUCGGAGGCGGCGAUCAAGGCGCGCCUAACAUCGUUCAAGACCGACAUCUAGGGGCGGGGGCAUUGGUUGUAUAUUCUCGAUUCCAUUCUAUCUGUUGCUUUUGCCUUUUCAGCGACCAGCGAGUGUUAGCAGACAUCGAUGUAUUCGUCAUCUUUGAAUAAUCCUUAUUCCCCAUUCUUCACCAUUCACCCCGACAAGCGUAAUUGCGCCAUCCAUCAUGAGAAAUCCAUCAAAUGGAUGAACUGUUUGCAGUCCUCUAGCGUAGUUGAUCGAGGAAACAAGUGGCAGAUGAUGCAAGAAUAAAACUGGAUGGAGGAAGUGAAGAGUGGGCUGAAGGGUCUGUGUAUUGUCGGGGAAGAAGAGGAGGGGAGAGAAAGAGAAUGAGGAAGAGGAAGAGGAAGAAAAGCUGACGCAGCCUGAGAGGGAAAGCAGUCCCCGAAGACUAGUUUGACCUUACAUCAGAACGCGAA